UAACUUUUUCAUUUUUUCAGAUGUUUUCUGAUGGAAGUGAAAUACAUUUUUAACUUGAAGAAUUCCUGUUAUUGCCAGAAUUGUAAUUCAGCUGUCUGUGGUUGUGAUAAAUUAACAGCAGAUUAUCAGAAAUCAUAUUAAAAUAUUCAUCAUGUAUAGAUAAAUUUUAACAUGAUUAUUUUGAAUAAGUGAAGAAUAAUAGAAACAAACUCUUCUAACAUUUUUAAUAAAUCUUUUACUAGUUAAAAUUUACAUACCAAAGUUUAAUUAUGGAUAUAGAAAGUAGUUCAGAUUCUGACGAUACCUCAUCGAAAUUGCAAAAUGAAAAUUCCUCAAUUGCAGUUUCAAAUAUUUCAGGUAAAACUGUUGAUGAUGAUUUGAUAAGAGAGAAAAAUAUUGAAUCUUUAGAAAUAGCAAAAUCUGGAAAGUCUUUUACAAAUGGAGAAGAUAUGAUUAAUGGAAAACAUUUAGAAGAAAAAGAUCUUUCAAAUGAUAAAAAUAUGGAAAUAGAUGAUGACAUUAUGGAAUCUGAACAAGAUGAUGAUUCUGAUAAAGUUUCAGAUGAGGAAAGCAAAUCUCAGGAAGCUUCAUCAUCAUCUGAUGAUCAAGAUGAUCAUAUGUCUAAUGGCUUUGAUAGUGCAAGUGAAUUAAAUGAUGAUGAUAAAAAGUAUUCUAAAGAUAAAUAUGUUACGUCUGAGAAAACAAAGAAUAAAGAAAAUGUUAAAAGUUCAACAAACAAUAAAAUUGAAGUUAGUCAUAGUCAUAUGCAAACAAGAAGUUUCUCAGUUAUUACUAAAGCAAAACAAAAUGCUAAGAAAAGUUUAGGUCAUUCCAGUAAUGCUGAAAAAUCAGAAAAAUCAUUUGUUUUGUCAGAAGUUACAGAUGAUGAUAUUGAACAGAUAAGGGAUGAUUCUUGUUUUCCAGACUAUUUGAAAUCGUUAAUUUCUGUUGGAAGGUAUAUUCCAGUCCAAAUAGUUAAUCCUCGUGAUUACAGACCAAAGAAUAAUGAAACACUAAUUGAAGCACCCUCAUUAACAGUUCCUCUUUUAGUUAAGGAACGAAAUAUAUAUUUUGAUAAAACUUAUAAAAGUGAAAGACAAAAGCACAAUAUACAUUCAUCUCAGGAUAACUAUUUCAAUAGUUCUGUAGGACAAUUUCUAAUUGGAUUGGGUUUUAGCAGAGUUCGAGAAUGGUAUCAUAGAGAUAUGACAAAAAUCAAGGAAAGACAAAUUAGGAAAAAGUCAAAGAAAAAUCAAGGAGAAAAUGAUGGCACAAAUUUAGAAGAGGAAUUACAAGAGCAUAAAAGUGAAUACCUCCAAGCUAAACAAGCUAAUGAACCAUUUAUAUUUCCAAUGAAAAAAUGUAAUUUAUGUCCUUUUCAAACUGAAUCACAUUUAGUAUUGGAUGGACAUUCUUUAAUUCCACAUAUUUCUUCAAGAAGAGAAUAUCUUUGUAACUUCUGUAGUUUUAAUUCCAGAGAUCCAAAAUUAAUAUUAUUUCAUAUGGAAGCAAUACACAACAAACGUGGUAUUAUUGAUCUACCCGUUUUUUAUGAGUGCCCAUUUUGUUUGUUUGAUACUCAUCUAAAAACAAAAUUAACAAGUCAUCUUAGCAGAUGUCAGAGAACUUUUCGGUACUCUCUUAAUCAAGCACCAUCUAGAGAUUUUCCAUAUCCAACUCUAACUCCCAAACCUGUUACCACUAGUGAUGUAAAAGAAUAUGAAGUAAGUUUGAAUAAUUCCUUAAAAAGUAAUCAGAAGCUUCUAAUGUCACAAAUGGAUGGAUCUAAUAGGCACAUGUUAUCCAGUAUGUCAUCAUUAUAUCAUCAGUUGUCAUCAGUUGAUUACCAGCAAUUACAGCAAUUAGCUGCAAACAAUGUACAAUUGUUAACUAGCAGUGGCGGAGUUAGGACAAAGUAUCCUAUAAUGAAUCAGGUUCACUCCAAUCAAAAGCUUCCUUUUCCCAUUACUAGUAAUCAUAUUUAUCAUUUUGUUAAUUCAAAUGGGCAGUUGGUUCCAGUUUUAGGCAAAGAUUUGAUUAAUUCAACAUCAAGAAUGUCCUUUUUGCCAAGUGCUUUAGAAAGCAGCUCUCAAAAGAAAUCUCAAAUCAGAGGAUCUUAUGAUAGUGGAAAUAUGGCAAGAGUUAUAAAAAUUGAUGGUAAGAAAAGUAUAGUUACCAUGCAGUCAUCAGAUAAUAAAUUAUCUUCCUCAGGUCAUCUUCAAAGACUUCAUCUGCCUCACAGUGCUCAGGGUAGCAAAUUUACACCACAAAAAGGUUCCAGUAGUGGUCAGGCUAAAAUUGUUAUUUGUGAAAUAUGUGAUGGUUAUAUUAAGGAUUUAGAACAGUUACAAACCCAUAUGCAUUGGAUCCAUAAAGUAAAGAUUCAUCCAAAAAUGUUAGCUAGUAGACCACCAUUAAAUUGUCAAAAGUGUCAGUCUCGCUUCUUUACAGAUCAGGGAUUAGAACGCCAUCUUCUUGGUACUCAUGGACUUGUAACACCAAAUAUGCAAGACAUGGCAAAUAAAAAUCAAGACGGAGGUUGUUGUACAAUUUGUGGACAGUUUUAUGCUUGCAAGCUUGUAGCACAUAUAAGUCAAGUACACAAAAUUACACUCAAACCUGCCCAUUUAUCUUACAAGUGUACAGUCUGUUCUGCUACAUUCAGCCUAUAUAGACAGUUUGAAAAUCACGUGUAUUCUGUACACAGUGGCUCUGGUAAGAGAUCUGCCGAUGGUGAUUCUACACAAUCAAGCAAAAAGUUUGCUAUGUCUUCUGAUAAGGGAAAAUCGAAACUUGAUCUAGAAAAAAGUACAUUGUCGUCUUCAAAUAAAAAUGAUUCAAAUAAGCAUAGUGGAACAAAUAAUUCAGUUUAUUCGAAAGAGAAACAAGGAAAACAUAAUUUGCAACCCGUCAGUACUCGAUUAAAGAGAAGAAAGUAUCUGCGUAGUAGCGAAGGCAAAUUUAGGGGAAAAGACGCCUGAUUAACAUAA